AUGGAUGCAGGUUUAUCGACCAUGGCAACAAGAAACGGUCAGUCUUCUGCUAGAGUUAAAUUGAGAAAUAACCUCUUGAAUAAUGAUAUAGGAAAUAUUGACAUUAGGGAUGAAACACCUAUUUCAAGGAACGGGAAUGACAGCAAUAUUAACAUCCAGCCUUCUUCCGUGCCGCAGCAGCAGCAGCAGCAGCAGCAAUACUACCGUAAUGGCAUGAAUGAGGCUCCAAUACAAGCGCCACUUCAACAACGUCAAAUUCCCAUGCAGAAUUAUUCACAACAGCAACGCCAGCAACAACAGUAUAAUUUUGAGUAUUCCAAUCCACAUAUGAAUGAGAUUCCCCUCAUGCAGCAUAACUUCACCAAACCAUCACUAAGCAAUAAUCGCGAUAAUGUUAAUGGUAAGAAAGCUUCCUCAUUUACCCAGAGCUCAUUUUCCAAUUUUUUCAAACAUAAGCAUCAAUUUGGGAAGUCAAAGAAAAACACUAAGGGGACAGGAGGUGGUGGAGAUGGUGAUGAUGACGAUGAGGUUAUCUUGGAUGAUUCUGCAAACUCCGACCUAACAUUCAAUGACAUUCAGACCUUCGGUCACAAGGGCGGUGACAAAUAUGGAUAUGGUGGUGAUUCCACUCCUAUCAUUCCAACAUUGGUGACUAAAGACCGCGGCAAUAUGAGUAAUACUGAGUAUAGGAAGUACAUUACUAAUCAAAGGAAAACCGCAAUGAAUGCCAUGGCUAAACAAACUAAAAAUGGUACAUUAGCCUCGUUGCCUCCGAGAGCAAUGUCUUUGCAAAGUUUCCCGAAUGGUAAUCCUUUAAUGCAAGCACCCACUCCUCAUCCUAGAUUUCAACCGAAUAAAAUGGUGAGCGCUAAUUAUUCGAGAUCAAAUUCGUUGAUGAGUGGACCUCCCGGACAAUUUCGACAGCCGCAGCAACAAAGAAUGCUACCGAUGAACAACUACAACAAUCACCCAGGUCAAUUCCAGAAUACCCCACCAGUAAUGCCCUCUGGACAACAGCCACCUCAGCAACCACGUACUCUGUCAUUAACUAAUGGCCCAAGAUAUUCACCCCAAAAUCCUCGGCCAUUCGCAGGUCAUCAGCAGAUAUCACAAAGACAACAACAACAACAACAACAACUUCAACUUCAUCCAAUGUCUGAAGGCUAUCGGACAAUGUCUCUACAAAGUCAGAACGUUCCCCAAGGGUUUAAUCCAUGGUCACCAAAUGACAACGAUCGUAAAGCUGUGUCCAUGAAACAGCCAAUCAGUCAAUCGUCAAUUUCCUCAAAGAAUAAUUCAGCUUAUUCAAUACCGAACGUACAAAACAACUCCCUGACUACAUUCUCUCCGUCAUCUCCUACUGAUGCUACAGCAAUGCCUAACUCUACAAAACAAGGAUCUUCACCACUAAAAAAACAAGUGAACAUUGAUCAACCUAUUGAAAACAAGGGAAAACUGAAUGUUUUGCAAUUAUCCACUCCUCAACAAAACGAGUUAAAGGAAAAAGAAAGGAAGCUAGCUGAAAUGGAAAAAUCUUUACGUGAGAGAGAAGCACUAGUAGAAGAAAAAGAAAAGGAAAGAGCUGAGAAAAAUACUGAAGCAAAUGAAGAGGAGGAAAUUUCACAUGAAUCAGACGAUUUAAAUUUAAGACCUGCGAGUGCGCUAGAGACUGGUUUAAAAGAUCUUAAAUUGGAAAGUGAAAGUGCAGUCGCCAAUAGAGCGUCCUUGUCGACUUUCUCAUCCACAUUUAGUGAUUCUCCCUCCAAGCAAAGAAUCAUCAAUACCAGAACAGGUAUGUAUAAGCUAGAAAACUCUACUGAUAUCAAUGAAUACGUGACCGCACAAGAAUUCCCCUCUCCCGGAAAGUAUAACUCAAAUUCGGAUAAUGGCGAAAUGAAUACAACGAACGAGGUCGAUUUUGAUUUCAAUACUAGUAAAAGGGCUUCUUUGUUACAAUCCAUACCGGAAAGAGAUCCCAAAAGAAAUGUCUCAGAUGCUACCAUUAAGCGACGUGAAUCCGAUGGCAAUGGCAGGAGACUAAGUAAUGUCAACAUAUCCAUGAACCAGGAAAACAUCAACAAUGAUACUUUUCUAUAUAAAAAAAAUAAUCGCGAUGGUCAUUUAUCAGCAGUUUCUCAUAUGUCCAGCUCUUCCCGUAGAUCGUUCAUCUCCAAUACGCUGCCGUUGAAUAUUGAUUCCGCCUCAGAAUCUGAUAAUUUUGUACCGCAUAUGGAUGGUUCACCCUCCAAAACAAAAUCAGCCCCAGUUAGCUACGAUAAGGAUGGCAUGAAUGCUUCAGAAGAAGACUUCAGUUUUGAUAAUACUUUAGCCAAACCGUAUGAACCGUUAUAUGCUAGGAGAGGAGACAUAACUUCCGCCGGAUCAACUAGUGGAGAAGAUAGCUCUCAGCCAAAGAUGAUAACAAUAUCUGGUGAGCAAUUGAAUUUGAUAACAGAAAACAAAGAAUUAAUGAAUGAGUUGACACUGGUGUCUACAGAAUUAGCAGAAUCGAUAAAAAGGGAAACUGAAUUAGAAGAAAGAAUACGGCUGUAUGAAACCAAUAAUUCAGCACCAUCUUUUGACGAUUCUUCGAGUGUGUCUUUUUCUGACUUUGAAAAGGAACUGAGAAAAAAAUCCAGUAAAAUUGUGCAAUUGAUCCAGCAAUUAAAUGACGAGAGAUUAAAGAGAUUCAUUGCGGAGGAGCAGUUAUUACUCCAAGAAAAUGGCACCAAACCAAGUUCUAUGGAACUAGUAGGAAGAAUUGAAAACUUGAAUAAACUUAUUGAUGAGAGAGAUUCAGAAAUUGAAAUGCUUAAAGGACGUUUACAGUAG